GCCACACACACGGAACCUGUAUGGCCUGUUUGUUGGGGAAGUAUUAGCAGUACGGACAGGAUAUGUCUGCCGAGAGAAGGCAUUGUGUGUGAGUGCGGCUCUUAGCUGAGGUCAGCUGGAGUCAAACGACCUUCCAUUAACUUAUUCUCCAUCUCAGCAUGUGGCUCACAAGGCUGACCUCGCAUUUCUGUAAAGCCACCAGACUUGCAGGAUGUCUGCCGUGGUGUGUCACUACAAGCCACAAGAGCCUGUAUGCGUGUUACAGCACAAGGCAGCCACAGGGGCCGGAGAUUCCUCCCCCUGCCUGGUGCACCCUGGACCCUAAGUUGGAUGACUUUCUUGUGCCCCGCAUGAUGUCCAUCAGUCCACUAGAGAGUUUGCUUUCCUCCCGCUUUUCCCUGCCCAAACCUGAGGCCUCUAAUACACAGGAGGAACCUGUGGAAAAUGAAAGAACCUACGAGUGCCCCACUCAUCAGGACAUUGACCACACGGGUGAGGAUAUUGGGCAAAGGGAUGUUAUGCAAUGUAAGAAUGUCCUUAAGAUCCGACGGAGAAAGAUGAAUAGACACAAGUACAAGAAGCUGCAGAAACGCAUUAAGUAUUUGCGGAGGAAGAUCAUGGAUAAGCGUAGAGUUAGGAAGCAGAAGGAAUUUGAAAGAGAUUUAAAACGUAUCUGGAGGGGGUCUGGCCUGAAAAAAGCGCCUGAUGGUUGGAUAAUGCCUAAAAUAUAUGUGAAGCAUUGAUGUAAAUGAUAAUAUGCUGCCCAUAUUUUAGAGUUUAAUGUAUUAUAAUAAAUAAUAAAUUUAAACAA